AGAAGCACGAGAGCUCCAGCUCACUUCCCCAGCGCACGUUAGCACUUUCCGAGGCGCAGAUUAGCACUUCCCCCAAGAGUGAAAGCUGCAGCACUGGAAUCUCUCACAAUCCUUGUAUUUCUUUGUCUAAAAAAUUCCUCAUUUUCUUCACCCAAACGAACUAACAAACCGAACAAGCAGCCAAAAGAACUCACGUUUUCCGAGAAGCCACAAACCCACCAACAAAAAUGUGCCCUCCCCAAAACCCUAGCUCCUGAUCUCACCCCUGCUUCUCUUUCUCCUCCAUGGACGAUAUCACUCGCCGGAGACCCCGUGCUCGCCGGGAACCCCAGCCUCGCCGCCGAUCAUGGUGCUGCUCUUUCUCAGUGCCCCCGACGAGCCCAGAGCACCUCCGGGUCUCGCAACCCAAGCCUCUUCAGAAGUUCGAAACCCUAUCCAAAUCGGGCAACUCUUUUCCGAAUUCGCCGCAAAGUGCCCGAUCCGGAUUGGGGUUGGUGGGUCGGAUCGAUCCGCGACGAAUCUUGUCGCCGGGUCGAGUUUCGCCGAUCGACUCUGACCCAUCUGGUGAUUUAGUUCACGAUAUCUUGGUGGACCCGUCUCCGGUCCGUGAUACGGGUGUGAGAUCUGCGAGCUUUCGGGCACCGCUGGAGAAUUUUCGGGCGCCGCCGGAAGGGUCGGCGUCGCCGGGUUCAUGCAAUGUUGUGAAGGAGAGUGAAAAUGGAGCUGGGGUUUUUGAUGUGAGGUUGAAUUUGAAGGGAAAACAUGGUGGGUCGUUGGUUUUGGAGUUGAAUUCGGAGGUUUUGAGUGCGAACAGUUCCAUAUUUGCGGAUUUGAUAUCGGAUUAUCGGAAGGGUUGCAGUGGUCCUGCGGCGAAGUUGUGUAGGAUUGAGGUUCCUGAGGUGGAGCAUUUGGGUGUAUUUCGUGAGACAAUUGAGCUCAUGUUUGAGGAAGAUAUCACCAAGCGGCUCUUGAAGGCUGGAGUAUAUCGGUCCAUUGAUAUACUGGAGGUAUCAGCAGGCAUCAUGUUCACUAAGGGUGUUUUGUCCUGUUUAAAAUACCUUGAGGCUGUUCCUUGGAGUGAGGAAGAAGAGGAGAAGCUGAGAAGCGUAUUUGAAAGGUUUAAGUUUGAUGGUGCAACAACUAAAGACAUCCUGGCCAGACUUUACCCUCUUGAAUCGGGGGACUCACAAGGAAAUCUAGCUAGACAGCUUGUUUGGUCCAUCACCACUUGUGUUGAUACCAAUGCAAGGAAUGAACUGAAGUUAUUAGUCAAGGGCCUGCUGUGCAAAAGUUCAGUCUAUGAGAAGGACCACUCCGACAUCAACAAGGAGGAUCUCUACGGUGUUUGCCAAUCUUGUUUGGGUUCACUAGUGACCCUGUUUGAGGAGGCCACCAAUUGUUGUGAGAGAUUGGCAAAAAAGGAAAUGGAUAAGCCGCUGAUUGAACGCAUUUCAAGGCAGGUUGAUAACAUCAACUGGCUUCUAGAUAUCCUAGUUGAUAGGCAAAUAGCUGAGGAGUUUGUGGAGAUGUGGGCAAGCCAAGGGGAAUUGCUUAGGAUGCAUGAGAACACAUCUCCAAUGGUCAGAUAUGAGCUGAGUCGGGUUUCAGCCAUUUUGUUCAUUGCAGUGGGAACCAGAAAAAUGCAUUGUCGAACAGAAGCAAGAUUAGGUCUUCUGCAGGCAUGGUUUGGGCCUAUGGUGCUGGACUUUGGUUGGCUACAGAGAUGCAAAAAGGGGCUUGACAUGAAGGCAUUGGAGGAAGCCAUGGGCCAGGCACUGCUUACACUUCCUUUGAAACAUCAGUACAUGCUGUUUAUGGAAUGGUUUCGUUGCUUUUCCAAGCAUGGUACUGAAUGCCCUAAUCUGAGCAAAGCCUUCCAAAUCUGGUGGCGUAGAUCAUUUCUAAGAGGCUCAGAAAGUCAUGCCAUUGAGUCCAGGUAAUGGGUGGUAUUCUGUCAGUUUUUUUUUUUAAUCUUGUGUGUAGUAGUUUGUCAGUAGUGUAGGUUAAGAGAUUCUGAAGCAUAUAUGGAAAAGUCAAUAAUGUAGAUCACUAUUUGUAGAAUGCUGUAAUUGCUGGAAGAUCAUCAAGUGUCAUUAUUCCAUAUUAUCUUUACUCUUUCCAUUCUUAGUACUCCUAAAAAUGGAAAACCCAAGGUUUAAUGUUAUUAAAGUGAGAGA